CUAAACGCUCUAUCGUCCGGCUCAAACUUCUUGGAGCUAGCUGAAGUCUGCAACUCUUCGAGCUUUUCGAUUGCAAUCUCCUUUUAUCUUCUUUUGUUUCUUCUGCUGAACAAAACGAAAAAUCCCGCAGAGGAACUACCAAAAUAGUUCAGAUUCAGUAUCAUUUCAAGGAAUCCGACGAUGAUUCUCCGGCGGCAAAGCUUUUUCCAAUCGCCGAUCAGGUACUUCUCGCCAUCUCCAUUGUCCAAUUUCUUAGGGCACCAAUUUUCAACUGCAAGCGAAAAUCAAUCGCUAAAUGAAAAUGUAGAUACAGUAUUCCGCAUAAUUAGUAGUUCAACCUCUUCUGCAAACAUGAGGCAAUCACUGAAAUCGAGUAGGGUUUUUCUAUCUAACGAAUUGAUCGAUGGUGUUCUUAAGAGGGUUAGGUUUAGUCACGGGAAUCCCUUACAGGCUUUGGAAUUUUUUAACUACACUGGUAGAAGAAGGGGAUUUUAUCACUCUGCGUUUUCUUUUGAUACGAUGCUGUAUAUCCUAGGUAGAAACCGGAAGUUUGAAAAGAUUUGGGAUGUUUUGAUUGAUAUGAAGCUUAAGGAUCGGUCCUUAAUCACGCCGCGAACCGUUAUGGUUGUUUUAGGAAGAAUUGCCAAAGUUUGCUCAGUGAGACAAACUGUGGAGUCUUUUAGGAAAUUUAAGAAGUUUGUUCCUGAGUUUGAUGUCACUUGCUUUAAUGCAUUGUUGAGAACUCUGUGUCAGGAGAAGAGUAUGACAGAUGCGAGGAACGUCUACCACGGUUUGAAGAGUAAGUUUAGGCCAAAUUUGCAGACGUUUAACAUCUUAUUGUCGGGUUGGAAGUCGUCGGAAGAAGCUGAGGGAUUUUUUGAUGAGAUGAGAGAAAUGGGGGUUCAACCUGAUGUUGUUUCAUAUAAUUGUUUGGUUGAUGUUUAUUGUAAGAAUAGGGAGAUGGAUAAGGCAUUUAAGGUGAUUGAGAAAAUGAGGGAUGAGGAUAUAGCUGCUGAUGUGAUUACAUAUACUAGUAUAAUUGGGGGACUUGGAUUGAUCGGUCAACCCGACAAAGCGAGAAAUAUUUUGAAGGAAAUGAAGGAGUAUGGAUGUUACCCUGAUGUUGCAGCUUAUAAUGCAGCAAUUCGAAAUUUUUGCAUUGCGAAGAGGCUUCGUGAGGCUUUCGAUUUGAUGGAUGAAAUGGCGAAUAAGGGUUUGAAUCCAAAUGCAACUACAUACAACUUGUUCUUUAGGAUUUUCUUCUGGUCAAACGACUUGCAAAGCUCGUGGAACUUGUAUCGUCGAAUGAUGGAUGUGGGGUGCUUGCCUAAUACGCAGUCGUGCUUGUUUCUAAUGAGGUCGUUUAAGAGGCAUGAAAAGGUAGAAAUGGCACUGCAGCUUUGGAACGACAUGGUGGAAAGGGGUUUUGGGUCUUAUAUAUUAGUGUCCGAGGAGUUAUUUGAUCUUCUUUGUGAUUUGGGAAAAUUGAUUGAAGCUGAGAAAUGUUUUCUGCAGAUGGUAGAUAAGGGGCAUAAACCGAGCAACGUCUCGUUUAAAAGGAUCAAAGUACUCAUGGAACUCGCUAACAAGCACGAGGCUCUGCAGAACUUGUCGAAGAUUAUGGAAAGUUUUUUGGAUCCUUCAAGACACCUUCCUGAAACGAUGACUCGUCCCAUAGAUCUGUCAAAUUUGAAUUCACUGCCAUGUUAAAUGAUCAAGGCAUUAAUUGUGUUUCGAGAGCAGGAUGCCGACCGAGAUAUACCUUAUGAAGGCAACCUACACUUCCCUUCGGCACAAGAGAAGGAGCACGACUGCAAACUCUCGUGUUUAGAGCAUUGCGCGCAUAAGCGCAUUGAACUAUUAGCUUCAAAAGAUGGUUGAAAUUUGGAGGAUUGAAGUUGAGGAAGGAAAGGAAAGGAAAGGGAAGGAAGGAGCUGAUGGGUUAAAGAGCUUGGCCAUUGUAUUCUAUUCUAUUCCGUGCCAUUGUUGUUGCAAACCGAAAGACCUCAACCCGGUCUAAUACGUUCUCAAAGAGAAGUUCUUAUUUGUUCCUCCAAAUUCAUACGAGCAAUUGAGUCGGAUGUGUGGAAGUUUGUGUCUGUUCUAGUCUCUAAACUUUUAUAAAUAUUUAGUAAUUUUAAACUUUUAAUUGAGGACCUA